GGUCGCACCACUUGACUCUUCAAACCGCCGUCUCGAACUCAGCUCAUUCAUUCCUUUCUUUUCCGUACUUACGAUAUAAAAUCUUAUUUCCCACGAAAAAGACAUAAACAUGGUAAAAGAAAGCGAAAAGGUCCGUCCUCUGAUGUUUGCUUCUCCCCAUUUUAAUGCCAACUCCCCUCUGCUCUUCGUUCCUCUCUCUCUCUCUCUCUCUCUCUCUUGUGACCGCUUUCUUCUGCAAAUCUGCAACGGACCCUGAUUUUCUUAUCAAGAGAAACGAGGCCCGGAUUUGAUUCCCACCGAUAACUUCCGCUUUUCCAGGCUUCUUGGGAGGUCGAAAUUUCGGUUCUUUUGGGAUCUGUGUUGGUGUCCGAGACUGGUUGGAAGAUGGGUUGCCCUUUGCUGAGAUGAGAUGAUUGGGAUUGGGGUCUCCUCGCUUUUGCAAAUCAAGAAUCAGACGCGACGGGUUUGAAGUGGAAGGGGGUUUAAAGAGAUGAAGGAUUUUGCCGGGACGCCCGGGACUCUGACCGGGCUUGUUCUGAGGGUGUCGCAGUUUGUUUUUGCAGCUGGGUCGAUUGCUUCCAUGGCGACCACCAACAGCUUCUUUGACAUCACAGCUUUCUGCUACCUGAUUGCUUCAAUGGGUUUGCAAUUAGUCUGGAGCUUCGGCCUCGCGAUUUUGGACGCAUACGCGAUCCUUAAAAGGAAGGUCCUACACGGUCCCGUGCUUGUAAGCCUCUUUGUGGUGGGAGACUGGGUCACAGCAACGUUAUCGCUCGCCGCAGCUUCUUCCUCAGCUGGCAUCAUGGUAUUAUACUUCAAUGACUUGGACCGUUGCAAUUUCGGGCCCGAAUGCCGAAAAUACCAAAUGGCUGUGGCAUUGGCAUACAUGAGCUGGAUAGGCGUCGGCACAUCGUCUCUGAUCAUGCUUUGGCUAUUGGCUUCAGGUUAGACACAUUCUUGUUUUUGUACAGGAUUCCCUGAUACGUUCUCCGUCGCAGAAAAGCCGCCUUUGUUCUGUCGACGAAUUUUGAUCUCAUUCUGGUGUCAAAAGGAAACAAAAUAGUACAGCAAUACAAGAUUCAUGAGUUUUUCCA